AUGCAAAUUCUUGAAAGGUCGGGACUUGGUGAAGAAACUUGUUUGCCUCCUGCUUGUCAUUACAUACCUCCAACAUCAACAAUGGAAUCUGCUAGAGCUGAAGCUGAAGUUGUCAUAUUCUCAGCUAUUGACAACUUAAUGAAGAAAACAUGUCUAAAACCUAAAGAUAUCGAUAUUCUUAUCGUUAACUGUAGCUUGUGUUUUCCAAAUCCAUCUUUAUCAGCUAUGGUUGUGAACAAAUACAAGUUGAGAAGUAACAUAAAAAGUUACAAUCUUUCUAGUAUGGGAUGUAGUGCUGGCUUAAUCUCUAUUGAUUUAGCUAGAGACCUUCUACAAGUUCUUCCAAAUUCAUCUUCUUUAGUAGUAAGUACUAAAAUUAUUACACCUAAUUAUUACCAAGGUGGUGCUGCUAUACUUUUGUCAAACAGAAGAAAAGACAACAGUAGAGCUAAGUAUAGAUUAAUGUAUGUGGUUAGAACACAUAAAGGUGCUGAUGAUAAAGCUUAUAGAUGUGUUUUUGAACAAGAAUAUCCACAAGGAAAAGUUGGUAUUAAUCUUUCUAAAGAUCUUAUGGUUAUAGCAGGGGAAGCUUUGAAAUCCAAUAUUACUACAAUUGGUUCUUUGGUUCUUCCUGCCUCAGAGCAGCUUCUUUAUGUUUGGUCUGUGCAUAAUCCAUUUUGCAAAUCUCACUUUAUACUCUUUUGUAGGUGGAGUAGAUUAAGAGAUGGAAGACGGAGGCAGUGA